AUGGCAGCGGAAGAACCGGAGCUGCAACCAGAUGUUUCUGGUGUAGCACCUGACCAAUCCUCCACGCAACUGCCAUUGCAGCUCGAUGCAGAGCAUGCACAUGAAGCAGAGCAUGCGCAAGAACCAGACGCGCCUGUCGAUGUUGACGAGGGCAGAUACGCCCAGCCCGAUUUGCCGGGCGCGACUGCGCCAGCAACACAUUCAGAUACACGGCAGGCGCAAGCUCCUGAGCAUGUAUCUCCCCAGGAUGCACAUUACGAUGUGAGCAAUGAGCAACACCCAGCAGAUCCGGCGCCAAAAGGCACGGAGCCCACUCUCGACGAGCCCACGCCCACGCCUGACCAAGAAGACACACAAGUUGAGCAAGUAGUUGCAGCCGAGGCCACGCAUGAGCAGCAAGAAACGGAUGCACUUUCGGACACGAAGCGCAUUCGUCCCAGCCUGCAAGCGACCUCGGUCGUGCCUUCAGAAGAAGCACCGCGCUCCACCGUCCAUUCCGAAUCCAGCGCCAAUAGCUUGUCCCGCGGAAGCGCCGUGUUUGUCGUCUCCGCACUGGAAUCCAUCAGCGGUUCAAAGGAUGCGCGACGCUCGAAAGAACUGAAAGAAAGCGUAGCCGCGGCACUGGACAUGGUGCGCCGCGCGACGGCGCGCGAGCAGGUCCAGGACGCAGUGCUUGACCCCCGUGUUGUUUUUGAGCCGCUGCGCCUUGCAUGCCGCACGCGCAACAUUGCGCUGCAAACCACAAGUCUCGACUGCAUCGCAAAGCUUGUCAGCUACGCAUUUUUCGCAGAAGACGACGAAGGGACGUUGCGCGAUGAGGCCGUGCCGCUUGCCGAUCUGGUCGUCGAGACUAUCUGCGACUGCUACCACGACCAGCUCGACGAGCGUAUCUCGGUCCAGAUCGUCAAGGCCCUGCUUGCGUGUGUCUUGUCCACGAGCAUCCGUGUCCACCAGUCGAGUCUGUUGCGUUCCGUGCGCACGGUAUAUAACAUCUUUUUGAUGAGCAAGACACCCGGGACGCAGGCCAUUGCACAAGGGAGCUUGUCGCAAAUGAUCAGUUACGUAUUCAGUCGUGCUCCCCGCCAGGGUAGGCCGGACCCUGAAGUCGCGGAAAAAGAAUCAAACGAGCGCAUGACGCUGCAAAUGAUGGAGAGCUGCACUUCGCUCGAAGCAGACAAGGAAGCGCCGGACAGUGCGCCAAUGGACGCGCCCGAUCUGCUGGUCAAGGACGCGUUUCUCAUCUUCCGCUCCUUGUGUAAGCUGAGCAUGAAACCGCUGAGUGCAGAGAGUGAGCGGGACUUGCGCUCGCAUGGGAUGCGCUUCAAGCUGCUUUCGCUGCGCAUGAUCCAUACCAUUUUAUCGCUGCACAUGGACGUAUUUACCGAUCCCAGCGUCGUGCUCCACAGUGGCUCCGCGGGCGAGCGCACCACGUUUGUCCAAGCAGUGAAGCAGUAUUUGUGCCUGAGCCUAAGUCGCAAUGCAGUCAGCAGCGUAAUCCAGGUGUUUGACAUUAGCUGCGAAAUCUUUUGGCUCGUCAUCUCGGGGAUGCGCACCAAGCUCAAAAAAGAAAUCGAGGUUUUGCUAAACGAAAUUUUCCUCCCGAUCCUCGAGAUGCGCAGCAGCACCACGAUCCAAAAAUCGGUUCUGCUCGGCGUGAUCAACCGCCUGUGCCGCGAUCCGCAAGCGCUCGUCGAAUUGUAUCUGAACUACGACUGCGAUCGGUCUGCGCUGGAGAACGUGUACGAGCGUCUCAUGGACGUCAUUUCAAAGCUCGCGCAAACACCCACAGCCGCGCCGGGUACGGGCGGCGAAGUGCCAGAGCCGCGUGGGACGCCGCGCAAGUCCAGCAACGGCGGUGGCCCGCCGUCGCUGCUGGACCCCAUCGAUACGUUCCCCGAAGUGGACACGAGCAUUCCGCUGGAGCUGCGCCUGAAGCGCCAGAGCUUGGACGGCCUCGUGAAUGUGCUCCACUCGCUCGUCCUCUGGUCCGAGCGCAACAUGGAAGAGGCGUCUGUCGACGACGUGCGUGCCUCGCCAGAGCGCGACGAGGUGCUUCACUCACCGUCUGCUGCUGCGGCCGCCGGCGAGCACGCACCGCUGGAUUUGGACGACGAUCCAGGGCGCUUUGAGAAUGCCAAGCAGCGCAAGACGACGCUCCUUGACGAUAUCCGCCAGUUUAACUACAAGCCAAAGCGCGGGAUUGCUCAGCUCAUCGAGCACGGAUUCAUCCGCAGCGAUGCGCCGCAGUCAGUAGCGCGUUUCUUGUUUUACGCUGACGGUUUGAGCAAGGUCAAUAUCGGCGAGUUUCUCGGGGAGGGCGACGCGGAAAACAUUGCCAUAAUGCACGCGUUUGUCGAUUUGAUGCACUUUGACAAUAUGCCAUUUAUCGUCGCGCUCCGCCGAUUCCUGCAGGCAUUCCGCAUGCCGGGCGAGGCGCAGAAAAUUGACCGCUUCAUGCUCAAGUUUGCCGAGCGCUACGUGGAAGGAAAUAAAGGCACGUUUGCAAAUGCAGACACGGUCUAUGUGCUCGCCUACUCUGUGAUUAUGCUCAACACGGAUGCGCACAACCCCCAGGUAAAGCACAGGAUGACGCUGCAAGAGUUCAUCAAGAACAAUGCGGGGAUUGACGACGGCAACAAUUUACCAGAGGAUCUCCUAUGCACAAUCUACGACGAGAUCCAGCGCAACGAAAUCAAGAUGAAGGACGAGGCACCAAAAACGGUGUCUGUGCCGCAAAGUGUGCUCGCCGGCGCGAUUGCAACGGUCGGCCGCGACUUGCAGCACGAAACCUAUGUGCUGCAGUCGACCAGCAUGGCAAACCGCACCGAAGUCUUGUUCCGCACCAUGCUGCAUGCCCAGCGGCGAAGCAACGCUGCAAAAAUCGGCGCGGAGCAGUUCUUUUCCGCGUCGCACAUGGAGCAUGUCAAGCCCAUGUUUGAAGUCGCUUGGAUGUCGUUCCUCGCAGGGAUCAGCUCCCCUUUGCAGGACAGCAACUCCCCCGAAACAAUCAGCAGUGCCUUGGACGGAUUCAGAGACGCGAUCAAGAUCGUGUGCCUGUUCGACCUCGAGCUGGAGCGCAAUGCGUUUGUCACGACACUGGCAAAGUUUACCUUUCUCAACAACUUCGGCGAGAUGAAGAACAAGAAUGUAGAGACCAUCAAGGUAUUGCUUGGCAUUGCCAACACCGAGGGCAAUUAUCUGCACAGCUCAUGGCGCGAGGUCUUGGCGUGUGUCAGCCAGCUGGAGCGAUUCCAGCUCAUCAGCGGCGGAGUCGACCAGCGGAUGCUUCCGGAAUUGGGCAGGAGGCACAGCAUAGGCAACGCCAAGCCUCAGAGCGUUCCCAUGCCUACCGACGAAGUUGUCCAGGCCGGCGCAUCGAGCGAGAUUACCGUCGCUGCCGACCGCGUCUUUUCCUCCACGCCCAGCCUCAAUGGCGAGGCAAUUGUCGACUUUGUCCAGUCUUUGUGCGACGUAUCCUGGGAGGAGAUCCAGUCUUCUGGCAUGUCGGACAACCCGCGCCUCUUUUCCGUCCAGAAGCUCGUCGAGAUCAGCUACUACAACAUGGGGCGUAUCCGUGUGGAAUGGUCGCGUUUGUGGGCCAUCCUCGGCGAACACAUCAACCAGGUGUGCUGCCAUCCCAACCCCGCCGUGUGUGCUUUUGGUCUCGAUUCACUCCGCCAACUCGCCAUGAAAUUUUUGGAAAAAGACGAGCUGCUGCAUUUCAAGUUCCAAAAAGACUUUUUGAAGCCGUUUGAGCACACAAUGCGCCGCAACGCGGAUAUGAGUGCCAAGGAAAUGGUGCUCCAGUGCCUUGAACAGAUGAUUCAGAGCCGUGCCGACUCUAUCCGCUCGGGUUGGUCGACCAUGUUUAGCGUGUUUGGCGUCGCUGCCGGCGCGCCGGAACGCGUCGCAACGUAUGCAUACUGCCUUGUGCGCGACAUUCACCAAAACCACUUUGAUGCGAUCCUUGCGAACGGGUGCUUUAGCGACUUGUGUGUCUGCAUUGCCCACUUUGGCAAAGUCGGCACCCAAAAAAUCAGCCUGCCUGCCACCGAGCUUCUGCGGACCAUGGUCCCGAUGUUAAUUACGAUGCAGGGGGGAGGAGAGGUGCACGAGAUCAACAUUCCGAGCGCCGCCGACACAUCCACCGAUGUUGUCCGUGUGGAUACAGCCACUGAUCUCUGGCUCCCUGUCUUGUUCGCUCUCUACGAUAUCCUUAUGACUGGCGACGAUCUCGAAGUGCGUCGCGUCGCGCUGGACGCGCUUUUCGGUAUCCUCAAAGAGCACGGUCGCGCAUUCACUCCCGAGUUCUGGGAUACUGUCUGCGACGACGUGCUCUUUCCCAUCUUUAAUGUCUUGCGCAACCGCUCGGACGUGACGCGUUUCAGCUCGCAGGAAGAUAUGAGCGUGUGGCUAAGCACGACGAUGAUCCAGGCACUGCGGCACCUCGUCGAGCUCUGGUCGUACUACUUUGACACGCUCAAGCGCCGCCUUGGCGGGUUGCUCGAGCUCCUCUGCGCGUGCAUUUGCCAGGAAAACGACACGCUUGCGCGCAUUGGCACAACGUGUCUGCGCCAGUUGGUCGUGCAGAACGUGGCAAACAUGGUGCUGCAAGAGUGGCAGCUAAUUACAGACGCAUUUCUGCGCCUGUUCCGCGCGACGACCGCAGCGCAAGUAUUUGAUCCCAUCCUUUCUUCCCAGGAAAGCGGCGUGAGUGCAACUGAGCGCCGGCACGUGUUUAAGCAAAUUAUUGUCAAGUGUGUCCUGCAGCUCUUGCUGAUUGAGACGACCAAUGCGCUGCUGCAGGAGCAGAGCGUGUACAAGGCGAUCCCUGUUGUGCAGCUCUUGCGUCUCACACAGGCGCUCGAAGACAGUUACCGCUUCUCGCGCCGGUUCAAUGCAGACCGUGGGCUGCGUACGGCACUCUGGAAGGUUGGUUUUAUGAAGCAGCUGCCCAACUUGCUCAAGCAGGAGAGUACUUCUGCAUCUACAUUGGUGCAUGUCUACCUGCAGAUGCAGCACGACGAGCGUGUCAAAGGGAACGAGCACCAUAACCAGGUCAGCGAGCGUUUCUUGCCGCUCGCGGAGGAGAUCAUCAGCGUCUACCUGCCGCUCGACAAUGAGACACAGGCGCGCAAUAUCACUGCCUGGACUCCGGUCGUGGCGCAGGUCGUGCUCGGGCUGGCGGCGCUGUACGAUGCCGCACCGGAUCGGUCGGUGCUCGAGCAAAGUACACGCACGUUUUACCUUCUUGCUGUCGAGCUCCUCGAUAAGGUCGGCAUGGCGCCGAGUCUUGCGCCGCCGCUGCGUCGGUACCUGACGGCUGUGGGUGUCUCGUAUGGCCUUGCCGAUCUCGAAGCAGCCAAGGAACGUGCAUGGAAGCGCGAAGAGGCGCAUGCAACCAUGCUGCGUUCGACGCCGUCGACGGCGACGUUGGGGCGUGUCUCGGAUCAGUCCGAGACCGAGCUUAUGCGCGAAGCAACCGUGGCAAAUGCAUCGACGGAUAGUUUGUUGAUGCGCUCGCAUAGUGUGUCAGAAAAUGGAGGGGGGUUGUAG